AGCUGUUUAUCUGACAUUCAAAGUUGACUAGGCAUCCUGCAUUUAUUUUAUCCGAUAGCUCUCACUUGAGAAGAGGGCUUAACUUUUUCAUUCCUGACAUAGAGUUUACUACAUUUUACUUGGUUUUGAAGCCUUGUUAAAUGGAUAACAAAGAUGUUGCCCUGAGAUUGGAGGGAAGAGGGUCUUUGGCAAUCAUAUUGUGCUACAUGACCAUCCAUGUGAUUUUUAUCUAGUCAAUUGCUAGGAGUCUAAAACAGGAUUUACAAGAGUUCUUUUACAAACUUGGUGUAAAACUGAAAGAAAACACGUUGUAUGAAACAGUUCCCCAAAGUGUUACUGUAGUUCCAAGCCCAAGACCCGGCAGACCAAGACUACACAUCCCACAAUCCUAAGCGGCGUCCCCAGGCCCUCGCCUUGAUCCCCGGCCUCGUUCUCGCCAAUCCCCGCCACUCCAGGGCUGUGGUAGCAGGCUGUUCUCGCGACUUUUUCUUUACUCUUCUGCCGUGCUACUAGUAUCGCGAGAUUUCCUUCUACUCUGCCGCUCCCUUUGCCGCCGCCUUAGCCGGGGACUCGAACCCAGCCUCUCCCCUAUCCGAACACCGGCCCCGGCUCCACCGAGGCCCCGGUCCCCCAACCCCGCCUCGCCGCCGCCAUGGCGGACCCUAAAUACGCCGACCUUCCCGGCAUUGCCAGAAAUGAGCCAGAUGUUUAUGAAACCAGCGACCUACCUGAGGAUGAUCAAGCGGAAUUUGAUGCGGAGCUGGAGGAACUGACAAGCACAAGUGUGGAGCACAUCAUUGUCAAUCCCAAUGCUGCCUAUGACAAGUUCAAAGACAAGAGAGUGGGAACAAAGGGACUUGAUUUCUCAGAUCGUAUUGGAAAAACCAAGAGGACAGGAUAUGAAUCUGGAGAAUACGAGAUGCUUGGAGAGGGUUUAGGAGUGAAGGAGACACCCCAGCAAAAAUACCAGCGACUACUCCAUGAGGUCCAAGAGCUGACAAGUGAAGUUGAGAAAAUCAAGACAGCAGUGAAGGAGUCAGCCACUGAGGAGAAGCUGACCCCUGUGGUGCUGGCUAAACAGCUGGCAGUGCUGAAGCAGCAGCUGGUGGCUUCCCACCUGGAGAAGCUUCUGGGACCAGACGCUGCAGUCAACCUCACUGACCCUGACGGAGCUCUGGCUAAGCGCCUACUGCUGCAGCUAGAAGCAACAAAGAAAAGCAAAGGAGUUUCAGGAGGGAAACCCACCACCGGAACCCCUCCAGAUAGCAGUCUUGUCACUUAUGAACUACAUUCUCGGCCUGAGCAGGACAAGUUCUCUCAAGCUGCCAAAGUUGCAGAACUUGAGAAGCGCCUGACAGAGCUGGAGGCAACUGUGCGCUGUGAUCAGGAUGCCCAGAAUCCCCUUUCUGCAGGACUACAGGGAACCUGUCUUAUGGAGGCUGUAGAGCUCUUGCAGGCAAAGGUGGGAGCCCUGGACCUUGCCGUUUUGGACCAAGUGGAGGCCCGGCUGCAGAGUGUCCUGGGAAAGGUGAAUGAGAUUGCCAAGCAUAAAGCCUCUGUAGAAGAUGCAGAUACGCAAAGCAAGGUCCACCAGCUAUAUGAAGCCAUACAGCGCUGGAGCCCCAUCGCCUCCACACUCCCUGAGCUGGUGCAGAGACUUGUCACCAUCAAGCAGUUGCAUGAGCAAGCCAUGCAGUUUGGUCAGCUCCUGACACACUUGGAUACCACCCAGCAGAUGAUUGCUAAUUCCCUUAAGGACAACGCCACCCUCUUGACCCAGGUACAGACAACCAUGCGUGAAAACCUGGCCACAGUUGAGGGAAACUUUGCCAGCAUUGAUGAGCGGAUGAAGAAGCUGGGAAAGUGAGCACUGUGGGGAAUGGUGAACAGGGAUUAGAUAAUCCCUGCCCCUCUGAACUCCUAACAGCUUAUGUAGGGUCUUCCCUUCAUUCUAACUCUUGCAUCCUGUCCCAUGUGACACUGGGGGUGAGGGGGUCUUCUUGCAUGUGGGAUUUAUACCCUCUGCUGAUGAAUACAGAACAGUAGCUGGGGGAUAUUAGAUGGUGGUCUCUCUUCAGGCCCAGGGCAUAAGGAUGUGAGCCCAGCCACAUGCCAGCUCACAUCCAGUACUGCUUUGCCCAGUGUGGGAAGGAAUGGGUCCUAUCCUCCAACACAGCUUUGUAAUACUGUACAACUGUUUGUGACCAUUAAAUGCUGUUGUACUCUG